AUGGCACCUUGGCCUCAGGCCUGGACCGCCAGUCAUGCUGCUGCUCCUGCCAGACCGACGACCACUUUGCGAUCCCUCCCUCUGAUCGCAUACCUCUCGCUCUUCGCCCUCGUCGCCUCCACCGUGGCUCAUGCGCAAACUGUCGCUAUCCUACCUUCCGCUGCCUCUUCCUCCUUUCCCUCCUGCGGCCUGACAUGCUCCAUCCUCCUCCAAGCCCAAUCCGAAUGCCUGCCGCCCGCCGCUCCGCAGACAAACUCCGCCACUUACGCCUCCUGCUUUUGCCAUUCACAUAAUCUCACCGAGCUUCGCACCUCCACGGACGUCGUCUGCGGUGAUAGCUGCACUAAUGCCUCCGAUCGCUCGCUAAUACGAACAUGGUACAACAACUACUGCGCGGAGGAACAAUGGCAGGCCCAUUCCGCUCAAUCCGUCACCAAGAUCCGCGCAUAUAGGAGGACUGCCGCGUCCAACGCCUGGUGGUCAACACACUACAAGUGGGUGAUCAUGGUCAUCAUCCUGGUCGUCGGGUUCAGCAUCAUCAGCGUGGUGGGCGUGUGGGCGAAGCGCCGCCAUGAUCGGAAGUACCCGGGUCUGUAUCACGCCGCAGCUACGGGUGGCACAGACAGCGCUCUGCUGGCCGCCCGCCAGCAGGAGAUCGGUCCCGCGCCGGGGCCUGAUACACGCGCGCCGGGUCAGUUCAUGCCCGCUCAGUAUGACCCCGCCCAGAAUCCGGGAUCCAUCGCCAGCAGUUCACACACCAACGUCGCUGCCGCUGCCGCUGCCGCUGCCGCCGCUGCAAAUGCCCCCGGGCCCCGACCAGCGCGCACGUCAUCCCGUCUGCAAAAGACGCAACCCGUAUCCGACAGUGACACCGAAAUCCGCGAAGUGGCUCGGUGA